GUCAGGGCCCUCAGGGGUCCAACGAGCAAUCGCGCGUCGCCGAGGAAGUCGGUUUUGGCUGUUUAAAGUUACGUUAGUUUUCAAAUUCUGCCGUAUGAGAGGCCUGUCCUGUGCCUGCGCUGCAUGCCAAUCUUCACCAAGGGGAGAGCCAAGACACGCUGCAUCUGGAUUUUCUCUGCCCCCCUCUCCCCCUUUUAUCCAAGCGUGACCGCUUCGAGUGUUGCGAACACCGAGACGAACGCCGACUUCGACAGACAAGAAGACGCAAUUUUUUUGGCCGAUACUCACGGAGUAGCUACCUUGACCAAACUCGAGGAGCGAGACUCGCGAUCAUUGCCUUUCCCGUUCGAGAGAACUCGGGUCUUGCGAGCACGCGCGCUUCCGCAUUCCGAUCCAUCUCGCACACGAGCAGCCCCUCUUCGCGUUCCUGGGGAAAAAAAAAAGGAGGGGCACAGAAGCAACCACGAUGGCGGGCGGCACCGAGCCUUUCCCGCCGCUCCCCGCGGCAGCGGACCGCCAGUUGCACUCGGAGACGACCUCGACCCGGCGGCGCAGGAAAUCCAGCAUUCUGGGCACCCAGCUGCGGGUCGGCGACACGGGUGCGCCCUCGUUGGCGACCGGCAUCGCCCACCUCCACGGCACUGCCAAGGAGUCGACGGCAAGCCCGGCCACACCCUCGAAGCGCUUAUCCAAGCGUCGCAAGGCCCGCUCCGCCCUGCGCUGCGCCCGGAGCAUCGCCAUCAAGCACACCUGGGUCCUGCCGCUCGUCAUCCUGCUCGUCUUCCUGUCGCUCUACGCCCUCAACCCGUCCGAGAGCAACCCGGUCCACCACUUCAUCUUCCUCUCGUACAAGCUGCCCGAGUCGAGCCUGAAGCCAGGCGAGCUGCCGCAGUACGGCAAGGGCCUGUGGGAUGUCGCCUUCGUGUCCUUCUACACCGUCGUCCUGUCCUUCACGCGCGAAUUCAUCAUGCAGGAGAUCCUGCGUCCCAUGGCCCGCUGGGCCGGCCUCAAGUCGCGGGGCAAGCAGGCCCGCUACAUGGAGCAGAUGUACACGGCCCUGUACUUCGGCAUCCUGGGUCCCGCCGGCAUGUACGUCAUGAGCCGCACGCCCGUGUGGUACUUCAACACGCGCGGCAUGUACGAGAACUUCCCGCACCGCACCCACGACGCCCUGUUCAAGUUCUACUACCUGUUCCAGGCCGCCUACUGGGCCCAGCAGGCCAUCGUGCUGCUGCUGGGCAUGGAGAAGCCGCGCAAGGACUUCAAGGAGCUGGUCGGCCACCACAUCGUCAGCCUGGCCCUCAUCGGCCUGAGCUACCGCUUCCACUUCACCUACAUGGGUCUGGCCGUGUACAUCACCCACGACAUCAGCGACUUCUUCCUGGCCACCUCCAAGACCCUCAACUACCUCGACCACGCCCUGACCGGCCCCUACUACUUCCUCUUCAUGUGCGUGUGGAUCUACCUGCGCCACUACCUCAACCUGCGCAUCCUCUUCAGCCUCUUCACCGAGUUCCGCACCGUCGGCCCGUACGAGCUCAACUGGGAGACCCAGCAGUACAAGUGCUGGAUCUCCCAGAUCAUCACGCUCGGCCUGCUCAGCGCCCUGCAGGCCCUCAACCUGUUCUGGCUCUUCUUCAUCAUCCGCAUCGCCUACCGCUUCGUCGUCCACAACAUCGCCAAGGACGACCGCAGCGACGCCGAGGAUUCCGAGGCCGAAGACGCGAACGGGUCGCCCGUGGCUGCGGCGGCUGCGGCGGCGAAUGGCAAGGCCCAGUCCUACGCCGCCGCCGCCGCCGCCGCAACCGCCAAUGGCGCCGCGAAUGGCGCAGCCAAGAAGAGCGGCCGGAAAACCGGGCACUGACCAUACCCCCUUUCUUCUCUUCUUGUAUGAUUGUUGCUUAAGCGCGGUUGUAAUGAUGCGAGCGAAGGGAACGAGGAUGGUGUAGCUGAUCCAUAAUGUGGCAUGGAGACGCACUUCUCGUCUCUCGUUUUGCGUGCAUGCGACGCAUGCUCACGACGGCGGAUGGGCGGGCUAGCGAGCGGAGUUAAUG